AUGCAUAUUGCACCUGUUUCUCUUUUAAAUUUUGAUUAAACCUAAAUUAGAGAUCCUAUUAUUAAUUCCCCAAGAUCAUUAGAAGCUUGUAGAAGAUAGGGAAUUAGACCUGAACAAUUGAUAAUGAAGAGUAUAUACGAUUUAAAGAGAGAAAACAAAAAUUUAAAUUUAGAUGAUGAAGCUUGGAAAAUGCUACUUUAACAUGAAGAAGAUAAGAGAUAAGCAAGAGUAUAAGUGUUAAUGGCUGAGAGAGAGGAAAUUAUAUAAAAAUAGAAGGAUGAUUAUAAGUAGAGAAAGUUUGAGAAGGUUGAUUUUGAAAAAGAGAAGAAGAGAAUGGAGAUGAUUAAAAAAAGAAGAGAAAAAUAAAUGCAGAAAAUAUUAGAUGAGGAGCUAAAAACACAAGAAAUUUAGAAUUAAUUACGAUAAAAGGAAAUGGAAUUGAGAUAAAGAUAAAAUGAGUAAAGAUAAGAAUUAGAAUAAAGAAGGAAAGAUAAAAAAAUUGAAGAAGAAUUUAGAAAAUAAUAAAUUGAAUAUCAGGAACAUUUAAGAAAAUAAAAGCAAUAUGCAGAAUAAGAUAGAUUAAAAUAUGAAACUAAUCAUAAAAUAACACCAUAAUAGAGAAUAUAAUAAGAAAAGGAACUCAAAAAGUAAAAGAAAAAAAGAGACAAAUAAUUAAAAAAAGCAUAGGAGGAAAGAGAAGAGAAAGAGAGAGUUCGCUAAUAAAUGUUAGAAUAGUUAUAUGAGGCAAAACUUUAAAAAAUGGAAUAAAGAGAAGCCAGACGAAAAGUCUUAUUAGAAGAAGAAAAAGAACUUAGAUAAUAAUUGAUUUAAGAAAAAUAAAAUGAAGCUAAUUAUCGAAGAGAUGAGAAUAAACGAAGGGCUUAGCAUUAAUAAAAUUAAGUAUAUUUAAAUUUUCAAUAAAAACAAUUAAAUGCUGAAUAAAAAUUGAUAGCAAAGUAGAAAGAAAUUGAGUUGAUGAAUAAGGAAUAAGAGAUGAAAAGAGAAUUAUAAAAAUAAAAACGAUAGUAGAUACAGCAAAAGAAUAUAGCUUAAUAAGAAAAAAGAAGAGAUGAUUUGAUUUUUAAAUUUAAGGAGAUUGAGGAUAGAUUUAAAAUUAAUGAAAUGGAUAGAGAAUUAACAUUACAUCAAAAAAGAUAACUUUAAUAGGAGAGAGAACAUUAUAGACAAUAAGUAAGUACAAUUAGAAUAUUUUUAGUUAUUAUUAAAAAAUGAUUAGGAAUUAUAAAAAAAAUGUGAAAAGAUCAAUAUGGAAAGAGAAGCAAAAGAAUUAUAAGCAGUUAAAGUAUUGAAAGAAAGAGAUGAUAUGAUUAAAGAAAAACAUCUUAAGGAAUUACUAAGAAAAUAAGAAUAAGAAGAAACCUAAGAAAGAAUGAUGAGAAUAAGAGAUUAUGAAAGAGAGUAAUUAAAAAAAGAACUUGAAGAUAAAUCUAAAAGAAGAGAUUAAAUAAUUAAAGAUAAAAUAGCUUCAGAGAAACAAAAGUAAGAGUAAAAGAAAGCCCUAAUAAUGGAAAAAGAAUAAAUCAAAAAAGAUUUAGCAGAAUUAUUAAAAGAACAUCAAUAAUAAGAGCCUAAACCAAUAAUCGUAAAACAGAAAAAGAGAGCUGAAAGUGCCCCUUAAAAGAGUAAAGGAUUGUAAGAAUAAUCACAAAAAAGCAAACCUAUUGUAAUGGCUCCAUUUGAUAUUGUGACUAAAGAGAAAUAAAUAUAAGAAAUAAAAAUUAAGUAAAAUCAAGAAUUACUUAAUGUAAAUUUGAAAUUGAUUCUAGUUAUUAUAAGAAGAAGAAAAUAAAGAAUUAGAGAGACAGAAAUUAUUAAGAUAAGUAGAUGAUCCGGUUGAAAGAAUGAGACUUGAAAAAAUAUUAGACUUUGAAAGAGCUUUAACUCAAGAUAGACUUGCACAAUUAGACAAUAAACAUCAAAAAGAAUUAGAAAAAAUUGAAUGA